AUGGAGAAGACUUUCAACGACCCCGCCCAGAGCCAGCAAUUCUCGAGCGAUGCCGAGAGGCAGAAGGCCAACGAGCAGCGCGCCCAGCAGGGCGAACCGCAGAUUCCCGGUGCUGCCGGACGCGAGUCUGUUCCUACCAAGGAUCCCAAAGAGUUCGACGUCCGUGGCGGGCCCGGAUCGAUGGGCAACAAACCCGUUCAAGACCCUGUCAUCUAA